GAAGAAGAGCUAAAGAACCACAACAGACGCGAAUAGAUUUAGACAGAAGGGGAAGCUCUUCAAUACAAGAUGUUCAGGAACCAGUACGACACAGACGUGACCACAUGGAGCCCCGCGGGGCGGCUCUUCCAGGUGGAGUACGCAAUGGAGGCCGUGAAGCAAGGGUCCGCCGCCAUUGGUUUGCGAUCCAAAACACACGUGGUGUUGGCCAGCGUGAACAAGGCUAAUUCAGAGCUCUCGUCUCACCAGAAGAAGAUCUUCAAGGUUGAUGAUCACAUCGGUGUAGCCAUCGCUGGUCUCACCGCCGACGGCAGAGUCCUCUCCAGGUAUCUUAGAUCCGAAUGCAUCAAUUACAGCUUCUCUUAUGAGUCUCCUCUUCCCGUGGGGAGACUGGUCGUUCAACUUGCCGACAAGGCUCAGGUUUGCACACAGCGCUCUUGGAAAAGGCCAUAUGGUGUGGGUUUGCUGGUUGCUGGGUUGGACGAACGUGGAGCUCACCUAUACUACAACUGUCCAAGUGGAAACUACUUUGAAUAUCAGGCUUUUGCCAUUGGCUCCCGCUCUCAAGCUGCAAAGACUUAUUUGGAGCGCAAGUUUGAGACUUUCAUGAGCUCAUCUCGGGAAGAUCUGAUCAAGGAUGCACUGUUUGCAAUCAAGGAAACAUUACAAGGUGAGAAGCUUACCAGCUCGAUCUGCACUGUUGCUGUAGUUGGAGUAGGGGAGCCCUUUCACAUUAUGGAUCAGAAAACCAUACAAGAGUUGAUUGAGUCGUUGGAAGUGAAGGAGGAUGAGCCUGUUGGUGACCAGGGUGCAGCUAUGCAGGAAGACCGGAGCCCAGAAGCAGCCCCAAUGGAUAUUUGAUAAUGCAAUUUAGUUGUAGAGUGGCCUGGCCUCUCCCUCACUAGAAAGGGGAGUCCAAGCACAAUGGUAAUGAGAUGAUGUCAAGGACAUUUAGUGGUAGCCAAUUCUCUUGUUGCAAUUCUUGGUGUCAAAUUUUUGAGCUACCAUCUGUAAAACCAUCAUUCUGCGUUUUGACUUUGUCGGUGACAAGAAGGUAUACUAUUUGUGGGUUGGAUCCC